CGACCCGACCGCCGCCGCGUCUCUAUGGAAACAAGCCCUGAGUCCACGCAGCAGAGAGCACGAUGGCUGCUGGGGAGCUCAGGGACUUGGGCGGCUACUACUUCAGGUUUCUGCCUCAGAAAACCUUCCAGUCUCUGAGCUCUCAGGAGAUCACUAGCCGGCUCCGCCAGUGGUCCAUGCUGGGCAGAAUCAAGGCGCAGGCGUUCGGCUUUGACCAGACAUUUCAGGCCUAUCGGAAGGAUGAUUUCGUUAUGGCUUUUUUCAAAGACCCAAAUGUUAUUCCCAAUUUGAAGUUACUUUCAGAUUCUUCUGGACAGUGGAUUACAUUAGGAACUGAAGUGAAAAAAAUUGAAGCUAUAAAUGUUCCUUGCACACAGCUUUCAAUGUCAUUUUUUCAUCGGUUAUAUGAUGAAGAUAUUGUACGAGACAAUGGACAUAUUGUUAAAUGUUUAGAUUCUUUUUGUGAUCCAUUUCUCAUUUCUGAUGAGUUACGAAGAGUUUUGCUAGUGGAAGACUCAGAAAAAUAUGAAGUAUUCGGCCAGCCAGAUAGAGAAGAGUUCUUGUUUUGUCUUUUCAAACACCUUUGCCUUGGUGGAGCCCUUUGUCAAUAUGAGGAUGUGAUUAACCCAUAUCUGGAAACAACAAAGCUUAUCUAUAAGGAUCUGGUGAGUGUUCGAAAGAAUCCUCAAACCAAGAAAAUACAAAUUACCUCUUUUGUCUUUAAAGUUUCAGCCUAUGAUUCUGCUGGUAUGUGCUAUCCUUCAACAAAGAAUCAUGAACAGACAUUUUCUUACUUUAUUGUGGAUCCUAUCAAGCGUCACCUGCAUGUUUUAUAUCACUGUUAUGGUGUAGGAGACAUGUCUUAAUGCUCGUUCAGAUGAUGUACAUCUACUGCUUUUUAUUUAACAUUUUUCUAUUUUAAUAGUAACUUAUAAACAUUUACUUUGCAAAUUAAUUCAAGAAAAAUAUAAAGAGCUUACUUAGAGCAGAAGAAAGCAAACACCAAGAUGCCUUUUUUAAAAAUUUGUGUGGAAUACUAACCAGGGAUCAAAUUUCAUCCCUAAUGAAAUCUAUACCAAAAAA